AUGCAGUACUUAGCAAACGGGGCUGAGAGCGAAGUACGAACGGAAAUCGAGCACUGCUACUACCACGGCACUGUGAAGGACUACCCGGGCGCGUCCGCCGCCUUCCACACUUGCAACGGAGUCUCAGGCGUCAUACACAUCGGCAAUGAAACCUUCGUCAUCCACCCGUUCUACGGCGGCGACUUAUCGCUAGUAAACCCGUCCGCUGAGCUGCAACUGUCAGGCGGCGCUCGAAAUGCGAGAGACCGGCGUCGCUUAGUCAUUGUCUGUCCAAUUGGACCUAGCGCAAACGCGCCGAGCCGGCCCGGGGCCCACAAUGGACCCUUAUCGCCGGACUACGGGCAACAGACCCGCACAAAGGUCCGUCAAAGCCGCGUGGCGGCCGUGGCUGGUGACGUUUGCCGGGGCCCCGAUAAUCCGGACUCUUAUCUGUGGCCGCUGCAUAAAUUUCCCGCAACACUUGGACGCGGGAACGGCUUUACGGGCGGCACUCACGCGACAAAUCCCCUUUUUGCCCACGAGAUAAGCACGCGGGACGCUAAAGGGACG